AUGGACACGUUCGAUAUCGUUCUCCUCGGCGCAACCGGAUACACGGGUCGUCUAUGUGCAGCAUACAUGGCUCAGGUACUUCCAGAGACCACAUCUUGGGCCAUAGCAGGACGUAACAGAAGUAAACUCGAGCAGUUAUAUAAUGACCUUGAACUCCAACUAACAACAUGCACUGUCUACACUCUCGAUCUUACCUCCGAAACAGCCAUCAAUGAACUUGUGAAGAAGACUUGCGUGGUUAUCAAUACCAUAGGUCCUUACGCUACGACUUAUGGGACAUCAGUGAUUAAAGCGUGUGCUAGUAAUGGUAUAGAUUAUGUGGAUUGCGGAGAACCCGCCUGGAUGAAGGAUACAAUCAAUAAUUUUGAUGGAAUAGCGCAAAAAACAGGCUCAAAAAUUAUCAUGACCACAGGCUGGGCCGCCGUCCCUGCAGAUUUAUCCGUCUAUCUCUCCAUUCUCAAACUCCGCAACAGAUUUUCUCUCCCAACACGCGAAGUCCUCGUCUGUCUUGACGGUGUCCGUGGUUCCUUCAGCGGCGGCAGCCUCAGUUCGAUAUGCAGUCCUGAGCCCACCACUGAGGCUCCAUUCGAUAUAUCGCCCAUACCAAGAACUGAUGCAGAAAUCGCCAAACUUGGUGUUUUUCCUGCCCCGAAUAUAUUCGGUGUGCAAGUAGUCGAUGAUUUAGGUGCUCUGGUACAAAGUUCGCACUCACAGAUCGAGACAGCUAUCGUGGGACGAAGCUGGGGCUUGUACGCUGAAGAAGGACCAGAUUCUCUUGGACCGACAAGUUAUGGGAUAAACUUCUUCUUCUCAUCGCGUAUGAAGUGUUCCAACCCGUUAUCGGCAUGGGCAUUCCGAUCAACUUACACCAUUCUGGAAAAUGCUAUAACCAAAAUACCCCCUCUACGCUACCUCGUGACACGAAUGUUUCCGCCAGGAACAGGUCCGUCUGAGGAAAUUCGCAGGGGGCAUUAUUUCAAAUAUCGUGCUGUGGCUGUAGCAGACGACAAAGAGGAUGAGCCUGCUCCGAGAGUCGAGGUCAACUUCGAAUACGACGGAGAUCCGUAUGUCUUUACAAGUGUGGCUUUAACCCAAGCGGCGUUGGUUUUACUUCAAGGGGAUACACCAGCCCAUAGACGGGGAGGUAUUCUGACACCUGCCUCGCUGGGUGAAAUAUUUGCAGAGAGGCUAAAGCAGCCAGAAGCAGACGUCAAGAUAGAGGUCAAGGUGAUAGGCGAUGAAGUCUAUUAA